GUAUUUUUAGUAGAGACGGGGUUUCAUCAUAUUGGUCAGGCUGGUCUUGAACUCCUGACCUCAGAUGAUCUGCCUGCCUCGGUCUCCCAAAGUGCUGGGAUUACAGGCAUGAGCCUGUAAUCUACAGUUUCUUUUUUUUCCAACAAUUGUAGAUUGCUUUUAUUUAAUAACCUGGAAUUGUGUGUUAACACUUAAUGAAAAUCCUGGUCCUUCUUGCUUGAUAACCCAAGGAUGAUGAUGAUUACAGUAUGGUGCCUAAUAUGAUUCACUGAGGUGACUAGAUGGGUGGCACUGUAGAUAAGCAGUGAGACAUCAGGCUCACAUGAAUCUUGACAGGAUGUCAGGAUGAUCAUCUGUGUUGGAUGAACCAGGUUCUGAUUGCAGAUGCUGAGUUUGGAAGAGACUAAAUAAUACUAAUGUCAGGAUCUGUUCAGCAUGAGGGCUGAAGAUGUGUACACACUGAAGGAUCUUGUCUUCAUAUUUGCAGAUAUUUAGUUAGAAACGUUGUUGUAGGAAGCUGGUUCUUUUUCUUUAAAUAUCCUUGCAGUGUUUGUUGGCAUGUUAUCCCUCGGGUGACACACAGGUUUUGUUCCAUUGAAGGAUCUUACUUGAGGAUGGCAAUCUUUAUUUUAUUUUUAUUUUUAUUUUUAUUUAUUUAUUUAUUUAUUUAUUUAUUUAUUUAUUUAUUUAUUUAUUAUUUGAGACUGAGUUUCGUUCUUACUGCCCAGUCUGGAAUGCAGUGGCGCGAUCUCGACUUACUGCAACCUCCACCUCGCAGGUUCAAGCGAUUCUGCUGCCUCAGCCUCCAGAGUAGCUGGGAUUACAGGCACCCACCACCAUGCCUGGCUAAUUUUUAUUUUUAGUAGAGACAGGGUUUCACCAUGUUGGUCAGGUUGGUCUCGAACCCCUGACCUCAGGUGAUCCACCCUGAUCCACCUCGGCCUCCCAAAGUGCUGAGAUUAUAGGCAUGAGCCACAGUGCCCUGCGAGGAUUGUAAUCUUUAAUACUUUCACCUUGCAGAGGCUGUAGAUGCCCCAAAAACUGCUGCAAAUUUUUCAAGUGUCACAUCUUUGAUAUUACCUCUUCUAAGUCUUCUGCAUCAUCAUUAUCAUCAUUAUCUGUAGAGAAUUUCAGUAUAUCUUCGAGUUCCUUGUUAGUAAGUAUUUAUGCUCUCUUAUAUGUGUUGGGAUAGAAAGAUUAAGGAAAGGAGAGAUGAGAAGGUGUCUCAACAGUUGAGACAGGUUUAUUGAGAGUAAACCUGAGAAGGGCUUCCAGCGGCAGGGCCAGGUGCAAACUUCUCUUACAGCCUGAGGCUUUUUUAAAGGGCCCAGUGGAGAAGUGUGCUUUGAAACAAAAUUCUGUUAGGGAGGGGUUGGGGAAGUCCUGGCUGUUCUGUUACAGUUAGGGCCAUUAUGCUCUGUUGAAGUUAUGGGUGGGGCUGACAUUUUCAGUUUUGGCCAGGUGGCCAAAUAGAAAUUUAAAGCUUAGGAUGGCGGGGUGUUAUAAAGGUGGCGGUGCUCUUGUUCUGUCAAUGUGUUCCUCAAUAAAGUCUUCAAGCAUGUCAUAGAUUGUCUUCCCCACCAAAGCUCCCUUGCAGCAUUUGAGAUAUUCCUGAUACUGCAACAAUAGUGGAGAAGCUCCUGAAAUCAUUGACUUCCUCACUCCAUAAUGGUUUCCAACACCCAAUGAAGUAGUAGGAGGAAAACAUGGGUGUCCUCUCCUGGAAGCCUCCAGAAGAAGGAUGCAGUGGACUUUGAGGAUGUAGCUGUGAACUUCACCCAGGAGGAAUGGGCUUUGCUGGGUCCAUCACAGAAGAAUUUGUAUAGAUAUGUGAUGCAAGAAACCAUCAGGAACCUGGACUGUAUAAGAAUGAUAUGGGAAGACCAGAAUACUGAAGAUCAAUACAAAAAUCCUAGGAGAAAUCUAAGAUGUCAUAUGGUAGAGAGAUUCAGUGAAAGUAAAGACAGUAGUCAAUGUGGAGAAACAUUUAGCCUCAUUCGAGAUAGUAUUAUGAACAACAGCAUUUGUCCUGGAGAAGAUCCAUGUCAAAGCGCCGAGUGUGAAGAAGUCAUAAUGGGUCAUUUAUCCCUUAAUAGCCACAUCAGAGUUGAUUCUGGACACAAACCACGUGAGUAUCAGGAAUAUGGAGAGAAGCCAUAUACACAUAAACAACGUGGGAAAGCCUUCAGUUACCAUCACUCCUUGCAGUCACGUGGAAGGCCUCACACUGGAAAGAAACGCUAUGAGUGUAAGGAAUGUGGAAAAACCUUCAGUUCUCGUAGAAACCUUCGAAGACACAUGGUAGUGCAAGGUGGAAAUAGACCUUAUAAAUGUAAGUUGUGUGGGAAAGCUUUUUUUUGGCCCAGUUUAUUACGUAUGCAUGAAAGAACGCACACUGGAGAGAAACCGUAUGAAUGUAAGCAGUGUUCUAAAGCCUUUUCUUUUUACAGUUCCUAUCUAAGACAUGAGAGAAUGCACACUGGGGAGAAACCGUAUGAAUGUAAGCAGUGUUCUAAAGCCUUGCCUGAUUCCAGUUCCUAUAUAAGACAUGAAAGAACUCAUACUGGAGAGAAACCCUAUACAUGUAAACAGUGUGGGAAAGCCUUCAGUGUUUCCAGUUCCCUUCGAAGACAUGAAACCACUCACAGUGCAGAGAAACCCUAUGAGUGUAAGCAAUGCGGGAAAACAUUUCAUCAUCUUGGAAGCUUUCAGAUACACAUGAAAAGGCACACUGGAGAUCGACCUCAUAAAUGUAAGAUAUGUGGGAAAGGCUUUGAUCGUCCCAGUUUAGUUCGAUAUCAUGAACGAAUUCACACUGGAGAGAAACCCUAUGAAUGCAAGCAGUGUGGGAAAGCGUUAUCUCGUAGCUCAAGCUUUCGAAGACACAUGAUAAUGCACACUGGAGGUGGACCUCAUAAAUGCAAGAUAUGUGGGAAAGCUUUUGUUUAUCCCAGUGUAUGUCAAAGACAUGAAAAGUCUCACAGUGGAGAGAAGCCCUAUGAAUGCAAGCAGUGUGGGAAAGCGUUAUCUCAUAGCUCAAGCUUUCGAAGACAUAUGGUAAUGCAUACGGGAGAUGGGCCGAAUAAAUGCAAGGUAUGUGGGAAAGCCUUUGUUUAUCCCAGUGUAUGUCAAAGACAUGAAAAGACUCACUGGAGAGAAACAAUAUGGAUGUAAACAAUUAUAAAGCCUUCUAUAUUUCCAGUUCCCUUUGAUAUCAUGAAUAAACUUAACACGGGACAGAAACCCUAUAAAUGUAAAUGUGGGAAAGCCUUUCAUAAUUUUUAUUCCUUUCAAAAUCAUGAAAUAACUCACACUGGAGAGAUGCUAUAGAAUGUAAGGAAUGUGGGAAAGCGAUCAAUAUUUUUUAAUAACAUUGUCAACAUAAAACAACUCACAGAGCAGAAAAACUCUGUGAGUGUAAAAUAUGUAGGGAAGCCUUCAGUCAUUUUGGUAACUUAAAAGUACAUGAGGCUGGGCACAGUGGCUCACGCCUGUAAUCUCAGCACUUAGGGUGGGCAGAUCGCGGGACCUCCGGAAUUUGAGGCCUGCCUGCCAUGGUUUUGUAGAAACCAUGUCUCUACAAAAAAAUAGAAAAAUUAGCAGGUGUGGUGGUAUGCCCCUGUAGUCCCAGCUACUUGGGAGGCUGAGGUGGGAAGAUCUCUUGAGCCCAAGGGGUGGAGGUUGCAGUGAGCCAAGAUGCACUGCACUUCAGCCUGGGUGACAGAGCCAGACCCUGUCUAAAAAAAAAAAUAAAUAAAAAAUAAAAA